AUGGAGCGCUACAAUCAAUUCCGCGACAGAGGAUCCGGCAUUGCACCUUUCCUUCCCGCUCCAUUGACCCCCGUACCAACUUGGUGCCCGCUGCCGCUGCGGGCGUUACUCUUCAUUUUCCGACUCCCGUUCUUGAUCUUCGCAUUCGUGGCCUACUUUGCCGUCCUACAAUGGUUACCGAUAGGAUCGUUGGGGAAGAAAGCCGCGUUAUGGUGUAUACUGGCGGUGCCCAGUAUAUGGUGGGUUGAUCUUCAAGUGGAAGGAGUCAGGAAAGGGCAGCUUUCUAAGCAAAAGUCUCGCCUUCCGGGACCGGGUUCCGUGAUCGCGGCUUCGUUUACCUCCCCAAUCGAUGCGCUCUACUUGGCGGCGAUCUUCGACCCUAUUUUCACAGCGUCAUAUGCCGAGACCAAGAAGGUCGAGCAUAUCUCGCUUUUUGAGGCUAUCGUUCGCGCCUUUGAUUUGCCAGAAACUCACUAUGAACCGCGACCGGGCGCGCAGUUGGUCACCAUCGAAGAGUUACAACGCAAAUAUCCCGGCCGCCCGAUUGCUGUCUUUCCAGAAUGCACGACCUCGAACGGCCACGGAGUUCUCCCGCUUUCUGCCUCGCUCACGACGUUUCUAUCAUCGUCGAAGAUCUUCCCGAUCUCCAUACGCUAUCAGCCUGAAGAUGUUGUCACCCCGUUACCAGGCCACUACAUUAACUUUCUCUGGGCAUUACUUAGUCGCCCAACUCACUGUAUCUUCGUGCGCAUUGCAGAGCCUAUUGGGGCUCUAGGUGGUCGUCCCCUGGUGCAUGAGAAGGCGGAGACGUCGACUAUCCAGACUAACCACUUUGAUCUAAUGAACGAGGUAAGUCCACCCGAGGGAGGAAGGGCGAAGAAGGUAAAAAUUGACCUUAGCCCUUCUGAAAAGAACCUCGUGGACGCGGUUGGAGAGGCACUGGCGAGGAUGGGGCGGGUGAGACGAGUUGGACUGGGGGUUUAUGACAAGGAGGUUUUUCUUUACCAUUGGAACAAAUUGCAUCGGGAAUGA